AUUAUUAGGAAAGCUCUAACAGAGGAAAAACAAGUGUCCACAAAGACAUCUGCAGCAGAUCUUGUGACAGAAACUGAUCAUUUUGUUGAAAAUUUAAUUGUUUCUGUCCUGAAAGAGAAGUUUCCCUCCCACAGGUUUAUUGCAGAAGAAUCCACUGCUGCUGGUUCAAAAUGUGUCCUCACUGACAGUCCAACCUGGAUAAUUGACCCUGUUGAUGGAACGUGCAACUUUGUGCACAGAUUUCCAACAGUGGCAGUGAGCAUUGGGUUUGCUGUUAACAAAGAGCUUGAAUUUGGUGUAAUUUACCACUGCACUGAAGAACGAUUAUACACUGGUAGAAGAGGUCAAGGGGCAUUUUGUAAUGACAAAAGGCUUCAGGUAUCAAAAGAGACAGAUAUCUCGAAGGCCUUAAUUUUAACAGAAAUUGGUCCGAAACGUGACCCUGCAACUUUGAAAUUGUUCCUUGGUAACAUUGAGAGAUUGCUGAAGGCUCAAGCUCACGGGGUCCGUGUCAUUGGGAGCUCGACCCUGGCUCUCUGCCAUCUGGCGUCCGGCGCUGCAGAUGCCUAUUACCAGUUUGGGUUACACUGCUGGGACCUGGCAGCGGCGACCGUCAUUAUUAGAGAGGCGGGUGGCACUGUGAUAGACACUUCAGGUGAGUCAAAUAUCCUUGUUUUCAUUGACCUUUUGGAGACCGAGUGGCUAUUUUGGGGCAACUUGUGUUAC